AUGGAGGACGACCCGUUGCUGGUCUCGGAUGUUCUCCUUGAGGACGUCACCGAUGGCGAAGAUGACACGUUCAGAACGCAGAACACAUCCCUGACAGAUUUCGAGCGCCGCAACAUUAUCGAGCGAGCAGAAUCAGACGUCCAUACGCGCGUGAUCUUGCAGGAGGUAACGCACGGGACUUACGAUGAGAGCGAGGACGGCGAUGAGGCCACAAUCUUGGUUUUCCGCUUCCGUUUUGACCCUCAGAGAAAGUCGAGUCGUAUCCUCCGAGCUCUGAUAAACAUCGAAUUCUUCGCUUCGAACAAGGAUGAUGAGCCCCCCGUUGUCGACAUGAUUGCACCUGAAGGGUGUCGAAUGGUAUCUCCUACGACUGACGAAGUGACAGUUACAAGAGGAGGCGAGCUAGGGUUAGGGACGUCCAUGAUAGUUGAAGCCACCACAAAGGCCAAUCUAACAAGAACGACCACCCGUCAUGUCAGCGAUGCCGCGACUGUAACUGGUAGCAUAAAUCUCGGGACGGGGCGGAACAAGGGCGACUCAACAGUGGCUGCGUGGAAUCUUCUCGAAAAUAAGCGACAUAAGACUGGUGUUGUUAGAGCCGUCAAAGUUUCCAUUCUUCUUCGGCGAACAAAUCCUCGGCCUUUUCAUGCCAAAGUAACUUUAAAGGCCGACUGCGACCUCAUGACUGGUCUGAGGCAGAAAUUCAAAAAGGUUCUCCUGGACGACCCUGUUCUGUUCAACCCAAAAUCAACGGACAUGAAGAUCAAGAAAGGGCGGCAUUAUGGAGCCAAGGAUUUGAGCAAGGUCCAAUUAGACUUUUCAUGUGAUGCUAUCAUAGCAGAAGGAGAUGCUUCGGAGAAUUGA